UGUGGCAUGAUGUUGAUGUGUUGACUGACGAUUGACGAAUCGACGUAUAUAAGUUGACAUGAAUACAAAUUUUUAUACCUAAUUUUUUUAUUCCAUUCGUGUUCCUCUAAUUAUCGCAACUGUAUUAGUCAUUAACAUGAUAGCCACAAAGCAGCCACAUAGUAGAUAACCGUUUUGUCCAGCUCACAUGCUUCAUGAUGUCUAAUUCGAAUGGAGUCAACAUAUGCAGUAUUGGUGAAGAUGUCAAAAAGACUUUGGAGGAAUUUCGGUUCAGAAAAGAACAGGAUACGACUGCUGUAAUAUUAAAAGUGGAUCGUGAAAAGCAGGAAAUUCUAAUUGAUGACAUUAUGGAAAGUACAGAUAUUGAAGGCAUACAGGAAGCAUUGCCGAGUCACCAACCUCGUUAUAUCAUCGUGUCGUAUAAGCACAAUCAUAGCGACGGUCGUAUUUCUUUCCCAUUGUGCUUUAUAUUCUAUACACCAAGGGAUAGUCAUGCUGAACUUCAAAUGCUGUAUGCCGGCAGCAAGAUAUCCCUCCAAAAGCAGUGCAGCUUGACACGCUCAUAUGACAUAAGGGAAUUGGAGGAGUUAACUGAAGAAUGGCUACUGGAGAAAUUAGGCAAAAAAUGAAGACAAUUGCUCAGGCUUUUUACUUGCCAUUAUUUAAAAAGGUUCCAUUGAGCAAUUAUUUUUUAAAUUCAAUUAUGCUGUGUGAUUAAAAACCAAAUUUAGUGCAUGCUGUUGAACUCUAAAAUAAGAUGAAUUGCCACAUGAGCACAUACUACAAUAUGUAUGCAACAUGAUGUACCUUGCUUGUUUGGUUUCUCCAGUCUAAAGCCAUCGACUGUAUGUUAAGAGUUCAAUGGUAUUUGCUUUUAGAGAAAUAUUUAUUAAUAUUUAUAUUCAUAAUAUAUAUGAUCAUUUUUUAUUAAUUUUGUAUUUUUAUAAAUUUUUAGAUAUUCGUUUAUAGGUAUUAAUGAAAAUACUAAUGUUACAUUGCUCUCAUGUAUGUUAGUUUUGGUAUAUUACAGAAAUCAGUUUAUUGAUGGGGUGACAAGUU